AUGAAUAGAAGCCUCGCGGUGAAAUAUGGUCACCAAUUACUACGGCCUCUCACGCGGAAUUGGUUCCUCCAAAGAAAGUCUUUUGCGAGUGUAGCAACAGACACAAGGCCAUACGAUGUCGUCGUUAUUGGAGGAGGUCAUGCAGGAGCAGAAGCUUGUGCUGGCGCGGCGCGAUCAGGGGCUAGGACUGCAUUGAUUACACCGAAACUCGAGAAUAUUGGUGUUUGUUCUUGCAAUCCUAGCUUUGGUGGGAUAGGGAAGGGGACAAUGUUGAGGGAGGUGGAUGCGCUGGAUGGGGUUGCGGGGAGAGUUAUUGAUAAAGCGGGGGUGCAGUUCAAGGUGUUGAAUCGGAAGAAGGGUCCUGCAGUCUGGGGCCCUAGAGCGCAAAUCGAUCGGGAUUUAUACAAAAAGCAUAUGCGGGAAGAGUUAGAAACGUAUCCGAAUCUUUCAAUCGUGACGGGUAGUGUGGCGGAUAUCAUUGUUUCGAGGGAGGAUGGUGUAGCGCAAAGUGGCAAGAUUACGGGUGUGCGACUGGAAUCGGGAGAAAUUAUACCUACGAAGCAAGUGGUGAUCACGACCGGCACGUUUCUAGGCGGGGAAAUUCACAUCGGUUUGGAGUGUUAUCCUGCAGGUCGCUUGGGCGAAGCGGCAACCUUUGGCUUGAGCAAAUCGCUGAAAGAUGCUGGAUUUACCUUGGGAAGACUGAAGACGGGGACACCCCCUCGGCUUUUGAAGGGUUCGAUCGAUUUCAAAAAUCUUGCCGUGCAACUAGGAGAUCAGCCGCCGACGCCUUUCAGCUACCUCAAUGAUACUGUGUCUGUUCAGGAGCAAUUACUGUGUCAUGCUACGUAUACGAAUGAGGCUUCACAUGCUGUGGUUCGGGAAAAUUUGGACAAAUCUAUUCAUAUUAGAGAGACUGUGAAAGGUCCCAGAUACUGUCCGUCGCUAGAAUCUAAAGUCAUACGAUUCGCCGAUAAAGAUAGGCAUAUUGUAUGGCUAGAACCCGAAGGAUUCAACAGCGACAUCAUUUAUCCCAAUGGUAUUUCUAUGACUAUACCAGCGGAAGCUCAAGAGCAACUUUUGAAAACCAUCCCAGGUCUAGAGAAUGUCACGAUGACAGCGCCGGGCUAUGGUGUAGAGUAUGACUAUGUCGACCCCCGAAGUCUCAAAGCAACACUUGAGACAAAGGCAAUUCAAGGUCUCUUCCUAGCAGGUCAAAUCAACGGCACUACAGGUUAUGAGGAAGCAGCCGCUCAAGGUAUCAUCGCUGGUAUUAAUGCCGGACUUGCAUCACAAUCAUUACCACGAUUAGUUUUAUCCCGCAGUGAUGGCUACAUCGGUAUCAUGAUCGAUGAUCUCAUCACCAAAGGUGUUUCCGAACCCUAUCGCAUUUUUACAUCUCGCAGCGAAUACCGCAUGAGCACCCGAGCUGAUAACGCCGACUUGCGACUGACGGAAAAGGGACGACUAGCAGGAGUGGUAGGAGAAAAACGCUGGUCUGCCUUUAACGACGAGGCAACUCAAAUCGAAGGUCUCAAAUCAGCGCUUGAAAAAAGUACAUUUAGUGCUCCAGUCUGGAUCAAUGAUGGCUUUAAAGUAUCAAACGACAGUACUAUGCGAAACGCCUUUGAUGUUCUCCGCAUCCGCGACGUCACAAUCAACGAUUUCUCAACCCGCAUCCCAGAAAUUCUAACCUACCCUCAGCGAAUCCGAGAUAGAGUCGGUAUCGAAGCCGUCUAUGCCCCAUACGUCGCCCAACAAAAAGCAACACAGAGAGUCUUCCAAAAAGAUGAAUUGCUUAGACUACCGGUGGAUUUGGAUUAUGAUUCUAUUCAUGGAAUUUCCAUGCAUGAGAAAUCGGUGUUGAAGAUUACGAGGCCGGAGAGUGUGGGACAGGCGAGGAGAAUUGAGGGCAUGACGCCGAGUGGGUGUUUGAGGUUGUUGGCUUUUGUGAGGGAAAGGUCGAGGGCGGUUCAGAAGGCGAAUCUGGUUGAUGAGGUUGCUAGGAAAAGAGGGGAGAGGGAUGCGGGGGUUGAGGUAGAGGGGGGCUUGAUUUGA